UACGUUGCUCGACAUGACAGUACAGUAUGAUUCAUAAGCGUCCGUUGUUCACGGAAGCAGCUUAGUGGGUAAUGAUGAUCUUCGUAAGCACUCCAAAAUCGAUCAUGACCAUCAAGUGAUAAUGCUAGGAGUGUCAGUGGCGCAGACUUGCGAUCAUCGCAAUUAUCGCUGUGUCGCCUUCAGCUAUAAAAGCACAUGCGUGACAGCAUCCAACAUCAAAUAUACUAGGUUUGGCUCAUCGACCUCCUACUUACUGCCAUGUCAUCGCAAACUCAUCUUGCAUUCGCGAGUACAGCCGUUGGCAUAACAUCUGUGAUUCAGGUCCCAACACUAUCUCCUGGACCCAGUGAGGUGCUGGUAAAAGUGGCAUUCAGCGCAGUGAUACCCCUUGACAUGUACAUGGCCGAUUAUGGACAAAUGAUAAACAGCGAAUACCCAGUCGUUUUAGGCUUCAAUGUCAGUGGAGUUGUAGAAGCCGUUGGCUCUGAUGUGGAUGGCCUGCAAACGGGAGACAAGGUUUGUGCAUUGACAACGGCAGGAUCAAAGGGGAAGGGUUUACAAGAACGCGCAAUCAUACAAAGUUGCACUUGCGCCAAGCUGCAAACAAUUCCAGACAACUUCAUAACUGCAUUUUACACGCUGUUUGAUUGUUUGGGACUUGCUCCCCCCACGUUCCCAAUCUCUGUACCACCUCCCCAUGCAGAAACUCCUAUCCUUGUUUAUGGUGCAGGAGCUACGUCUGGUCAAUUCGCUGUUCAGCUGUUGGCCCUUGCUGGGUACAAGCGGGUCAUUGCAACCGCGUCCCCUCGCCACCAUUCCUACCUCAAGUCUCUUGGUGCCACCCAUGUCAUAGACUACAGCGCUGAUGAUAUGCCCGAGAAGAUCCUACUCGCCGCAGGCAAAAAUCUUCGAUUUGCUAUGGACUGCAUCACCACUGAGAGCACACUCAAGAGCAUAUCUAGCGUUGUUAGCUCCGACGGUGUGGCAGCUAUGCUAUUGCCAGUGACGGCAGGCAGCAAGUACACUGCAGGGAAAGACGAGCAAAUGUGGAUGGAAUUACCGGCCGACAUGAACCCCUUCCCAGAUUCGGUGAAACUUGUGGGCGUAAAGGCGAUCCUGUAUCAGCAGAACGAGUACCUUCGUGACAACCUGAUGCCGAAGAUUCUCCCCCGGCUGUUGGAGGGAGCUACCAUUCAACCCAAUCGAGUUCACCUAUUUGAUCAAGGAUCACUGCAAGAUCGCUGUCAGGAGGCUCUUAAUGUAAAAAAAGUUGUCGUGAAAGUAGCAUCCAUGUAA